AUGGAAUCGAGUCUCCAUCACCCACUAGCAAGGGCUGCCGUUCCGGAACCGGCAUGUGGUCGAAUCUCGCAGAUGCUAGACAAUUGCUUCAACAACUUCACACCAUCGGUUGCGAUGGAGGCGCUCCAUACGGUCAAGAUUCCGGAGUCGUUGGAGGAAAUCAACAGCCGUUGUCUGCUAUUUAACCGAGGCAUGGAAUGCGUUCAGCAUUACCUGAAGUGUGUGAAUGCACGGCAGCGUAAAAUCAUCGAGAAUGAGGUCUACGGUGCCCAAAAGCUGUACGAGUUCCUGUGCUACGACCGCACAUUCCAAAGUGAGUUUCUGCGGCACAAGAGCUGCUUCAAUCUCGUUCAUCCGGAGUGGGACUUGUGCUCGAAUCAGUUCAUUCGCGUGUUGAAAGACGAAAUGGAUCGCACCACCAGCCGGUCGAUUGACGCACAGUACGUGCACUUCUGCUGUGCACGGUACGCGUACGAAACCUGCGUCUACAGCAGUGCACGGUUCAUUUGCAGACAGGACUCGGCUCUGUUUUUGCGCAGGAUUGCCAAAAUACUGUCCACCGAUCGGCAUUUUUUGAACUGUGAUAAAAUCGAAAACGAGCUUUGCUCCGGCGCCCCGGGAAAAAGCUGGUUACUGCGAACUUCUGGGCAAUUCAUCGGGGUGGUAGCUAUCGCGAUGCUACGCUUACGUGGUUAG